AAUAUCCGGACACUUUCAACAUGGCUGCGCCCAGAGUGCGGACGCUGAAUCAUUGACGCAACAUUUCAUGAUGAAAUCUGACUGAAAAAUGUAACAAAUAUUAUUGAAUUGUGAUAGAUUAAAAUUCGCGAAGUAUGUUAUGCAAGGAGAAGGUUUUAUGCGCAGACAAGCUGUUCAAGUGUAGACGCCAACAAGACAGAUCUGUACCACAGAAAGGUGGCGCCAAAGACUAUGCUCCAGAUGGAUCCUGGCUCCAGGCGAAGCGCCUUGAAGCCUUCCACCAGGAGAGAACUGCAGUAUUAGCGGAGCCAAGGGUAGAACGUCUGGGCGGCCUUGUGCAGGGGACAUGGGACCCAAACAGGAAACUGGUUCAGUUCAAGAAGGAAAUGGGCAAGUUCUGGAGUCAUAUGGGCUUUGUGGAUGAGAGUAGAAAAUGGCUGUUUCCUGAAGAAGCUCUCUUUUUGAUGGAAACUACUGUCCUGGAGGUGUACUAUGGUGGUGUUCCUCUCAGUAUCCAAGAAGCAUAUGUCCGACUCCUGGGAGAGGAUGUUUCUGUGGAGGAGUAUCAGACAUACGCCCACCUGCGGCGACUUGGAUACGUUGUGUUGCGACAUGUGGGAGGGUCCCAAAUCACAGAGUACGAGCGUCAGAUUAAACUUGACCAACACGUGAAGGAGUCAAAGAGACGGCUGCACCGAGACAGACAGGAGGAGGUGUUUGCUGUGGACGCGGAGGUCAAGAAACCAAGAAUUGACCCACAGCAAGUUGAGAUGGACCAGAGUCCAGGAGGUCGGGAGUUGAAAUGUGUUGCCAUGGAUACAGGGUCUGGAAGAGACGCUGAGUAUAAAGAAUCAUCAGAUGCUGUGAAGGUGAAGAUGGACAGUGGGCAGAUGGUUGUAGUGGACAGUGAUGUUCAACAAAACAAUCACCCGUCAUUUGCUAAAUUAUCAAAUCCAUGGAAUCUACCUCAUAAGAGUGAAGGGAAGGUUCCUGUUCGACACAGUGAGUGGGACUUUGAGACCUUUGCUUUCCCCGAUAUUGGUGACAAGGAAACCGUUGUGCUGAGUAUCCCUCUGACAAAGUAUCUGCCUGUGAAUGUAACCCUCAGUGAGGAAUACGAGGACCUGUGUUUGUUUGAUGUUACUGAGUAUCGACAGCAGGUGUCUCAGUUUGCCCAGCGGAGACGGGAGUCGGACAACUACGUAUUUGACUUGAACUUCUCCUACUCUACCUGGGCUCGCAACCGGAAGAACAUUGCAGCAGCUAACUGGACAGAAUACAAACUAAAGCUGAGGCAAUCUCAGUCUGGUAGAUCAGUGCCCUCUCCAGUUGAUCAUCUGUGGCAAGGGGAGGUGACUCCUCUAGUGAAACCAGAAGAUGCAACCUCAACCAGAGAUGUGCUGAGUCGGCUACAAGUGAUCCACAGUGUGAACCUGCCACAACCAGUCAGCAAAUCUGACAGACAUUCUAUGAAAAUAUCCUUUGAUGUCCACCUUCCAAAUGCCAGGUUCAAGAAAACUCGGCCUGGGCUACCAAACCACAGAGUCUGUGUUGUCAGGAGUAGCGACCCACCUCCUGCCAUGGCUGAUAUAUCGGAUGCCGUCACUCGUUACCACGACAACGUGCCAGUCAACUGGGCAGUGGUUGACAAUGGUGACAUUGCCUUCUACAACAUGUCCAGUAUGUUGCUUCCUGUUGAUGUAAUGAUGGGAUGAAAUAAAGCUGAGUUACCUGCC